CCUGCCGCCCCUCCUCCCCCUCCAGUCUCUGACAGGUCACCAAUUCUGCCGGGCCCGAUCAUGUCGAGAAGGUCCCCCAGUUUCCUGCACCCAUAGCCCCGCCGACCCUUUUCCCUUUCUUCACCGCGCCGCCUUGACUAUCUGUGUUUCUUCUCCCUCCAGAAAUUUCGUCCGUCCUUUUUCUCAUCCUUGUGAGUUUUGGUUCUGUUUCUCGAAACCGAUCCGCUACCACGUAAACCUUCCUUCGUCCACAACGCAGAGCUCGGCCGAAAAAAGUUUUGUCGCGAAGCAAUAAAUAAACUCAACAUGGGCAACGACACGCAUAUGGAGGUUGACGCCGCCGAGCAGAAGCUCAAGGGCAUGGAGCACUCUGAGCAGCAUUACUUCAAGAGCUAUGACCACCAUGGUAUUCACGAGGAGAUGUUGAAAGAUGAGGUCCGCACGCGCUCCUACAUGAAUGCUAUCGUCCAGAACAAACACCUAUUUAAGGACAAGGUCGUUCUCGACGUUGGCUGCGGUACCGCCAUCCUUUCCAUGUUCGCUGUCAAGGCCGGUGCGAAGCACGUUAUUGGUGUCGACAUGUCCACCAUCAUCUUCAAGGCGCGUGAGAUCGUCAAGGUGAACGGCAUGUCCGACAAGAUCACCCUGAUUCAGGGCAAGAUGGAGGAGGUCGAGCUUCCCUUCCCCAAGGUCGACAUCAUCAUCUCUGAGUGGAUGGGUUACUUCCUCCUUUACGAGUCCAUGCUGGACACUGUCCUGUACGCUCGUGACCGCUACCUGAACCCCGACGGUCUCAUUUUCCCCGACAAGGCCACCAUCUUCGUUGCCGGUAUCGAGGACGGCGACUACAAGGACGAGAAGAUUGGAUUCUGGGACAACGUGUACGGCUUCGACUACAGCCCGCUCAAGGCUACGGCCCUGUCCGAGCCUCUCGUUGACACGGUCGAGAUGAAGGCUGUCGUUACUGACCCCACCGCCGUCUUGACCCUGGACCUCUACAAGUGCCAGGUGUCGGACCUUGCCUUCACCACCCCGUUCCGCCUCUCUGCCCGCCGUGAUGACUUCAUUCACGCCCUCGUCGCCUGGUUUGAUAUUGACUUCACUGCCGCCCACAAGCCCAUCCGCUUCUCGACCGGCCCCCACACCAAGUACACCCACUGGAAGCAGACCGUCUUCUACCUCAAAGACAUGCUCACCAUGACCGCCGGCGAGGAGGUCGACGCAACCCUGCACGUUAAGCCCAAUGAUAGGAACCGCCGUGACCUCGACAUCAAGAUCGAGUACAAGUUCCUGACCGAGGACCCUACCCGUGCCGCCGAGGGCGUCUGCGAGUACAAGAUGUGCUAAUCGCACCAACGUCUUGGACCCGGCAUGUGUCCUCCCCUUGGGCGGUUGACCUUGGAAGAGAGACCAAUACCCAACCACAGCAAGGCUUCGUGAGAAGCGGGGUGUGUUUUACCCAAG